AUGGUAGUUCAUAAGAGUGAGAGGAGUGAGCCACCAGUAAACUCUGGGUCAGAGUCAUAUAAUGAGAUGCAAAGGAAUUAUAAAGUGUUAGAGGCCGUAGCGAAUCGGGUUCUAGCUAUGUCUCGUUCACUAGAGGUGGGCUCGAGCAACCAGGCAUCACCAUCAGGGUCUGUGGGUAUAGCCGUGGUUUCAGCUUCAGAGGGGGUGGACAUCCGGGUUGGUGUCCCUUUGGGUAGGUGGAAUAUUCUUAUAGAAGUAAAGUUGGCUGAGCUUCGGACAAAUUGUAGUGUUCCACCCUAUGUAAGUUUGAGGUUACCCAUCGUAGCUGAUGUGGUCAGAUACCCUCCGGAGGGUUCAAUGAUGAUUUUUACGGAUAUGUAUCAGCAUGGCUUCAGACUACCGUUGCAUCCUUGGGUGCAGAUGAUGUUGGCCAAGUUGGGGUAUGCGCCGGGGCAAUUUAAUCCCAACUUUUGGCUUCUUCUUCAUGGGGUGUAUAUAGCUUGGUGGUUGGUUGGGUUGGGGGAGCCAACAUUUGAGUAUUUUAUGUAUCUCUACUCGAUCUCUAAGCAACAGGGAAGUUUUGGCUCGGUACAAGCCAAUUGCCGAAAGGCAAAGGAGAGGGGUUACUUCAUUAGUCACAAGCCUUCUACUCAGAAGUCUUGGAGAAACAGGUGGUGUCUGGCUUAUGGUAAUUUGGAGUAUCCGCCAAGGAAGACCGUCUCCAGAUACGUUUUAACCCACUUCCAGUCUAUAGAUUCAGUGAAGUGGGGGCUGAUCUCCAAGGAGCAAGAAGAGGAAGUUGAGAAGGUGAGAUCACUGUUGUCAGAAACCGAGCGCGAGUGCAAAAACCUAGUCACCCAGAAGAAUUUGUUUGAGUCCGGCCUUUUGCAAGGGAUCGCAGGUAUCAUAAAGGGAAGCACGAAACUGGCUGUGGACCUGGAUGACGCCGAGAUGCAGAAACGGCUUAAGGAGUCUCGGGCGCAGAUGGCUGGGAAGGGGGUGGCCAAGCAAGCGACUGGGAAGCGUCCUAGAAAUGAUGAAGAAGGUUUGGUUGCCGAUGUGUUGGGAAAGAAGAAAGCGCUGGAGGAAGCUCAUCGGAGUGCGAUGGGAACAGGGUUGAGGCUUCCUCCCUUUGACCUGUAG